AUGUUCACCCUCGGCCGGCGGAGGAUUCUCUUUGCCUUCCUCGCCGCCUUCAUCAUCCUCACAGUCUGGCGAGCAUGGGAGCUCAGCGCGUCCACCGGCGGCGCAAUGCCCGAGAAGCCCAUGACGGGAUACACCAAAUACGAGCCCGAUAAGGAUUACUUCUGGAGGAACAUUAAGCACAACUUUCCCAUUGACUCGUUCCGACCUGUGCCGACAUCAGCAGCUGCCUCGUUACCACCCGUUCAGGCCACUUUCGCAGCUGAAUCGGCAGAGGACAAGAAGAUCCGCCUAGGUCGCCAAAACGACAUCAAGGAAUCGUUUCUCAAAGCAUGGAAAUCAUACAAAAAGUACGCCUGGUUGCGAGAUGAGGUAACUCCCGUGUCGGGCAGUUACAAAGAUACCUUUGGCGGAUGGGGAGCCACGCUCAUCGAUUCUCUCGACACGCUGUGGAUAAUGGGGCUCAAGGACGAAUUCGACGAGGCAGUAUACGAUGUCGCUGAGAAUGCGCUCUUCCUCUCCACGUCCGACAGAGAAAUUAAUGUAUUUGAAACGACCAUCCGGUUUCUCGGUGGGUUGUUGUCCGCGUAUGACUUAAGUGGCGAUAAGCGGCUACUUACGAAAGCACACAACGUCGGCGACAUGCUCUACAAGGCAUUCGACACGCCAAACCACCUACCCAUUACGCGGUGGAAUCUCCACGACGCAGCCUACGGAUACAAGCAAGAAGCGCAAAGCACCACUCUCCUCGCUGAAAUCGGCUCACUAUGCAUGGAAUUCACGCGCCUCAGCAUCAUCACCAAGGACCCCAAGUACUACGACGCGGUCCAGAAAAUCAGCGAACUCCUCGCGGACUCGCAAACCAAGACCAAACUCCCCGGCAUGUGGCCGCACGUAGUCGACGCCCAAAAGGAGUACUUUGACGCCGGCACCACAUACACCCUCGGCGGCAUGGCCGACAGCACCUACGAAUACUUCCCCAAGAUGAUGGCGCUCCUCGGCCAAAAGGACGGCAUAUACAACGACAUGUACACACGCAGCAUGGAAGCCGCCAACACCAACCUCUUCUACCGGCCCAUGUCGCCCACCAGCCAAGACAUCCUCUUCCCCGGCUUCGUCGACAUCAAGGACGACGACCCCUCCCGCAAGAAGGACCUCAUGCCCGCGUCCGGCCACCUCACCUGCUUCACGGGCGGGAUGCUCGCCCUCGGCGGCAAACUCACCUCCAACAACGACCACCUCUCAUGGGGGGAAAAGCUCACCAACGGCUGCGUAUGGGCCUACAAGUCCUUCACCACGGGCGUCAUGCCCGAAACGUUCUACCUCACUCCCUGCGCGGACAGAGAAUCCUGCCCCUGGAACGAGGCAACCUGGCACGCAGACGUCAUGAAGGUGCACGAAGCGGGCGGUGGCACCAAAGAAGCCGCCGAUAUCAUCAAAAAGGAGCGUCUGCCAGAAGGCUUCGCCAAGGUCAUGGACUCGCGGUACAUUCUGCGGCCCGAAGCCAUAGAGAGCGUCUUCAUCAUGUACCGCAUCACGGGGGACAAGCAGUGGCAGGAGAAGGCGUGGGAGAUGUGGAAGGCCAUUGAUAACAUGACGUCGACGAAGCUGGCCAACAGUGCGGUCGACAGCAUGAAUCCCCCGGAAGGAGAGGACGUGAAGAUGAGUGACUCGAUGGAAAGCUUUUGGCUGGGCGAGACGCUCAAGUAUUUUUAUUUGAUAUUUGCGGAGCCGGAGUUGGUUAGUUUGGAUGAGUGGGUGUUUAAUACGGAGGCUCAUCCGUUUAGAAGGCUGCGGUAG